CUGUGAUUUUUUGUACUCGAUUCUUGUGAUGACAUCUGAUUGUUUUAAAAAUUUAUAGGUUAUGUUAUUUAACUAAAAUGCUAUCUAACAGAAAAUUACUUUUAAAAUUGAAUGAAAUCUCUGUUCAUAAUCUGAGAAGGAAACAUAAACCUGAUCACUGGUCAGUUGUUCGUAAAAAGGUUCAGCCAGUGGAUAAAGCAUUAGAUCAUUUUGAUGAGUUUUAUGGUCCGAUAUUUGGUAAAAAAUGGUCUGAAAUCAGAGCUGGUUUACUGAGUAAACAAAAAUAUGUAGCCGUAGUAAACAACUAUGGAAAUGCUCCUGAAACGUGUGAACAUUUAGAACUUAAAGGUGCCCUCAAUGUUAGAAAACUAUUUCAAUUAGAAAAAGAUUAUAUAGAAGAGAGAUACUCUAAAAGUAAACGAUUGAGAAAUUUAUUGAGGAUAUGGCAAAUGGACAGGAGUACGGAAAUUGAUUCUGAAAAUGGAAGUUUAGAUUCCCAGAAAGAUGAAAAGGUUCAGAGCUUCUCAAUAGCUGAAAGUCUGAAAGUUGCUGCCUUAGAUAAAGAUAGGAUUUUUGAUGCGAGGGAAACUAAAUCAUCUGAAUUAUUACUCGAAUUUGUGCCUGCAACUGAAAUCAAAGGUAAUGAAGAUUAUAUUCCUGAAUUCAGCUACAACUAUUGUGAUGAAAAUAGUGAUAUGACUGUAAGAAUAGAAAGAGAAUUCGAUAUACAUUUCCCUGAAAACUUAAAUGUGUAUAGUUAUGGAGUUGAAAAUGAUGAACCUUUCGAUUCUCCUCUUAGAGAUCAAACAGAUGUCUAUAAUUAUUAUCUUAUGGACGGAGGUUCAAUUUUUCCGGUACUGGCACUUGAUUUGAGGCCGAACAAUACCUUCUUAGAUAUGUGUGCAGCACCAGGUGGUAAGAGUUUGACGGCCUUACAAACCCUGUAUCCUAGUGUAAUUACUUCGAAUGAUAUCAGUAAAUCAAGAGUUGACAGGAUAUAUAAUGUGUAUCGGCAGUUUUUGUUUGAUUUCGAUGAGAAAUUCUUGAGGAAUGGAAGGAUAAUUAUAAGUCGGAGAGAUGGAAGAGAUAUCAGCGAUGCUGGUUUUGACCGAAUCCUUGUUGAUGUUCCGUGUACAACAGACAGACAUUCAUUGAAAGAAAAUGAUAAUAACAUAUUCAAACCAUCAAGAAUAAAAGAAAGGUUGAGGUUGCCUGAAUUGCAAAGUGAUUUACUCUAUAAUGCUUUACAAUUAGUCAAAGAAGGUGGUAUUGUAGUCUAUUCUACAUGUUCUCUUAGUCCUAUCCAGAAUGACGGAGUGGUUCAUAUGACACUGAAAAGGAUAUGGGAAGAAAACAAAAAAGAAAUCGUUGUUAAAGAUCUUUCCCCAGCUUUACUGAUGGCUCGGUGUUUAUUCAAAUUAGCCAGUCCAAAAAUGAUGAAAUAUGGUCACUUAGUUCUACCAACUAGAGCUCAAAGUUUUGGACCCACAUAUUUCUGUAAAUUGCAAAGAAUAAAAUGAGAAAACUAAUGCAGUUUUAUCAAGAAUUAUAUAGCUGUGCCAAAAAUGAAAGGUAA